UACUGAGCCACAGAGACAACAUUAUUCUCAAAGAAGGUGAAAGUGACGGCUCACAUCACAGAAAACGCCAGUCGUGCCGGUGAAUUGAUCCAGCGUCUUCGCGCGCUGCGCAGGGAGUUCUGACUCGUUCAUUCCCCUCACGAGCUUCAUUGAUACUUCACUAAAUGUACGGAGAUGGACCUACACUGGAUUACUUCUGACGCUAUUUGGAAACUAUCAUGAAUAGGAGUUCAACAUCACCAACUGAAUGACCUGCUGAUUAUUUCGCUCAGCAAUCUUCGGAUGCCUUUCUUCUUGCAACUUCAUCAAAGAGCGUACAGUCCGAAUUAGGGCUGUUACUUUAAACUCGCAUAUUAGGAAACACAAGUAAUUAAAGUAAAUUAUGCGUUUUAUAGUUCGUGUGUUGUUAACCAGUCGGCGCGAAAAAUUAUGUGUGUAAAUAGCGAGUGUAUAACUAUGACGAGAAGAUGCCUGCUGACGUUCAAACCGUUCAGGAUAUUUGUGGCGGGGAUCGGUUUCUUCAGUCUGUGCUUCUUAAUGACCUCUCUGGGGGGGCAGUUCUCGGCCAAGCGACUGGGCGAUUCCCCAUUCAGCAUCCGAACUGAAGUGUUGGGAGGUCUGGAGUCUCGUGGGGUCCUGAGAAAGAUCAGCGAUAUGUUGGAGAUAAUCAUGAAGAGGAUCGACACCCUAUCAAAAAUGAGCAACAGCAGCGAGUCCCACAGACUGGAGGAGCUGAGCUCUGCUCUCCACAGCAAGGUCUUGUUGGGAGGUCUGGAGUCUCGUGGGGUCCUGAGAAAGAUCAGCGAUAUGUUGGAGAUAAUCAUGAAGAGGAUCGACACCCUAUCAAAAAUGAGCAACAGCAGCGAGUCCCACAGACUGGAGGAGCUGAGCUCUGCUCUCCACAGAUUCCAGCCGGUGGGUCUGGUGGAACGAAUCCAGGCCAUCGCCCAGAAUGUGUCUGACAUGGCUAUACGAAUGGAGCAGAUUCUGAAGAAGACUAACAUCCCCGCCAGAGGCCGAGAUGGAGUUACAGGCCAGUGCGAAGUCCCGAAGGAUCCCAGGUACCCGGAUUGCGCUAGUAAAGUGGAUUGGAUGAGAGCCAGGUGGACAUCGGACCCUUGCUACUCCUUUUAUGGAGUAGACGGCUCCGACUGCUCUUUCCUCAUCUACCUUAGUGAAGCCGAGUGGUUCUGCCCCCCACUGGCCUGGAGGAAUCAAAGCAGACACCCCACAACAAGCAGCCUGCCAAAAAGACAGGCAUAUUUCCGCUCAGAUCUGUCUCUACUGUUGGAGCGGGUCGGCUCGGGCAAAGAAUCUUUGAGCUUCAUGAGGAGGCGUAUGCGCAGAUUGGCUGCGCAGUGGGCUGCAGCUGCAUGCAGACUUGACGAGCGACUGCGCGGUCAGUACAGAGAGCAGAAGAGGAUCCUGGUGCAUGUGGGCUUUCUGACAGAGGAAUCCGGUGAUGUGUUCAGUCCAAAAGUGUUGAAGGGUGGCCCGCUCGGAGAGAUGGUCCAAUGGGCAGACAUCCUGACCACCCUUCAUGUGCUGGGACAUAACCUCAAGAUAUCACUCUCAGUCAAAGAACUGCAGGGGUCACUUGGCGUACCUCCAGGUAGAGGAAGCUGUCCUCUGACUGGCCCGUUGCCCUUUGACCUUAUCUAUACAGACUACCAUGGCCUGCAGCAGAUGAAACAGCACAUGGGCCUUUCCUUUAGACAGCACAGGGGCUUUAAGCUGCCGUAUCAUAUGCUUUAUAAUGGAUUCUGA